GUGUGCUUGUGCGACUGCAGACUUUUGAUUUGAUGGUAAUUUGUGAAUGAAAAGGACUUUUAAAUGCCUUUGAAAGGAAGGUUUCCGAUCAGGAGGACCCUGGAAUACCUCCAGAAGGGCGAUAUCAUCUUUAAAAACAAAGUGAAGAUCAUGACGGUCAAUUACAACACACAUGGAGAGCUCAGCGACGGAGCAAGAAAGUUUGUCUUCUUCAGUAUUCCUCAAAUUCAGUACAAAAACCCAUGGGUCCAAAUAAUGAUGUUCAAAAAUAUAACACCAUCACCGUUCCUGAAGUUCUACUUGGCUGAUGGGGAGCAGGUUCUGGUGGAUGUGGAAGGAAAGGACUACAAACAAAUUUCACAACAUGUGAAGAAGAUUUUGGGCAAAUCAGAAGAAGUGUUACAAGCUGAGGCUCAAGCCAAGAUGCAGGCUGCCAACCCCGCCAACUUUGGGCCAAAAAAGUACUGUCUGAGGGAGUGUAUCUGUGAGGUGGCGGGCCAAAUGCCAUGUCCCAGCACCGUGCCGCUGCCUAAGGAGAUGACGGGCAAAUAUCGUACCCAGAUGGCAGCGUCACAGGAGUGAGAAGCUGAGAUGUAGAGGUGACUGUUGUCGAUUCACUGGACAAUAUUACGGCAUUUUGAUGUUUGAUUUUGUAUUAUAACAUAAAAGGACUAGCACACUGCAUAUUUCGUUGUUAAUAUGUGUCACUAAAUGGAUCCCACUAUGUUGUGUGCAUUGUGAGGUCUCACUGGAGUGAGACCUUCCAGUCCACCAUAAACAGCAGGAACCUAUUAGCACAUGCCGUUGUUGGGGCAGUCAACACUUCGGUCUUCUGAGUAAUUUGACAUCACAUCUGGUGUUUGUACAUGAUGUCACCUGGUUGAAGAAUCCACACACGCAAUUCCCAUUUAGCACUGUCAACAUGGCAAUGUAAACACUGAUAUACAAGCCAAUUUGUCUGUGUGGCUGUAGUCAUUGCUCAAUGUAAACAUCAGGGAUAUUGAAAUCCUAAGUAGUAAUAACCACAAACAUUUAGACAAAAGGUCAUCAUAUUUAUGACAGGAAUGAGAAAUGCAAACAUUUUAUAGAGACAACAUUUUUUUAUUGGUGCUGAGAUGGAAUUUUGUAAAGUUAAUAAACUGAUGUCUGUGCUUCCAAAAUGUUUACAUUUCGCAGUUACUAUUUUAAAUGCAGAGGUGUUGCUAAAAUCAACUGCUAACACAUUAAAGAAGCUCCUAAAGUUAUUCACACUGUCACACAAACGGUUACAGUAUCACAUAUCUUGCUUAAAAUCUGUGGACGUCACAGGUGUGUGUGAGAUCAGCGGAUUGCAGAAACACUGUUUAUGUCUAUGAAGACGGACAUGGACACCCUGACUGACAGAAGAGCACUAUGACAAAUCAAUGUAAGCACUUAGCAGCACUGUGAGCGAUAAUACUUGCUGGCAUUCAUGUAGUGUUAAUUUAUCUGACAAAAAACCUUGUGUCUAAAAUGUUACUUUGACCUAAGAAUUUAGUUGUUCUUUACAAAUAUGGAUUUACUUCUGUACACACUGGGAUUUUAGUGAAUUCUGGUGUCUUAGUUGUUGACUUUAGCUGUCUACGGUGUGGCCUUGGCAAAUAGUGGCGUAGUGGUAGAAU